UUUAAAAAAUGAAUUGCUUUCAGGUCUUUGUCUGAAGCUAUGUCGGUGGAAAAAAUUGCGGCAAUCAAAGCCAAAAUUAUGGCCAAGAAAAGAUCUACCAUCAAGACCGACUUAGAUGAUGACAUAACUGCUCUUAAACAGAGGAGUUUUGUGGACGCGGAGGUAGAUGUGACCCGGGAUAUUGUCAGCAGAGAGAGAGUGUGGAGGACGCGGACCACUAUCCUGCAGAGCACGGGGAAGAACUUUUCCAAGAAUAUUUUUGCAAUUCUUCAGUCUGUGAAAGCCAGAGAGGAAGGGCGUGCGCCUGAGCAGCGGCCGGCCCCCAAUGCAGCACCAGUGGACCCCACAUUGCGUACCAAACAGCCUAUCCCAGCUGCCUACAACAGAUAUGACCAGGAAAGAUUCAAAGGAAAAGAAGAAACGGAAGGCUUCAAAAUUGACACGAUGGGCACCUACCACGGGAUGACGCUGAAGUCCGUGACGGUAAGUUCUCUGACCACAGAGCUUCCCUCGCUCCCGCUGCUCUCCAUGAGCAGCCGGUGCUGAGGAAACCUUUACUCU